CNGAGUUGGGCACAUACCUGGGCGAUGAGUAUAGUAUCCAUUGGAUGGAAGAGGCAGAACAGGCCACUGACACGACUACCCUCGAGGACCAGUUCCAGUGGACCAAAACCAAGACUACCAAAUCACAUGUCCAACACUACGGCGACCUGUCUAUUGCCAAAUUGCCCCUGUCUCAAUUCUUGGGUAAAAGAAAAUCGGCGACACCUGUGACCCGAUCUAACAGCCGAACCGCAGUCGACAAUAAGGACGUGCCGUUGGCUAUGGCUAAGGGCGAGGACCUCGAGAACCUCGUUAAGGGCCGACAGUUUUUGGACACACACUUCGCUGCCUAUGUUAACAGUGUUGAGCAUCUGGUGAAUGGGGACGUCCUUAACACCCGAUCGGAGCUCAACAACAGAGAGUGUUAUCACAAGUUUGUCGACACUUUCCACGACCAGUGCAUGAAUAUCGCUCAGAAUUCAUACGUUUUGGGUAAACUGCAAACCUUUGUGAACAUUUGCGAACAGAGCUCACCUGCCGGUGCCGAGGCUGCCCUCACCCAACUGGCCGACAUAUACCACGCGUACCAAAUAGUGAAGGCUAACGGUAUCCCCGAUGAGAAUAUCAUUGUCUUCCACUACGAUGACAUUGCUAACAAUAAGGAAAAUAAAUACCCUGGUAAAGUGUUCAAUAACCCCGACCACAAGGAUGUCUACCACGGUGUACCCAAGGACUACACCGGUGAUGAUGUCACUCCUCAGAACUUUUUGAAGGCCCUGUUAGGGGACAAGGAUUUGGAGAGCUCUGGUAAAAAGGUACUGAACUCGGGACCCAACGACAACGUGUUUGUCUUUUUUGAUGACCAUGGUGGUGUUGACCUAGUUGCUUUCCCCAAGACCUAUUUGUACGGUGAAAACCUCACCUCAACCCUUAAGGAAAUGCAUACCCAGAAAAAAUACAACAAGCUCGUUUUCUACAUUGAGGCCUGCGAAGCCGGGUCCAUGUUCGAAAAACUGCUGCCAACCGACAUCAACAUUUACGCUACAACUGCCUCCAGUCCCAAUGAAUCCAGCUAUGCCUGGUAUGACGACACCGAGUUGGGCACAUACCUGGGCGAUGAGUAUAGUAUCCAUUGGAUGGAAGAGGCAGAACAGGCCACUGACACGACUACCCUCGAGGACCAGUUCCAGUGGACCAAAACCAAGACCACUCUAUCGCAUGUCCAGCAUUACGGCGACCUGUCUAUUGCC